GGCUAGGUGAACUUUGUGGCUUGUUCAGAUGGAUCCGAUAAAAUUCCGUUGUAAGGAGUGUCACAAAAGGGUGGAAGCACAGUACACACUAGAUUCAGUAAGAGCGUCAUUGGCUAGACAAGAAGACACCAUCAUAUUUGCUUUGAUUGAAAGAGCCAAGUUUCCUUUGAAUAACUUUGGCCACAAUCGGCUUUUCGGUUCAGACGAAUAUAUCGGUUCAAUGAUUAACGGCCUCGUUCUCAAAACAGAGGCAGUUCAAUCCAAGGCAGGUAGAUACAUUAAUCCUGAAGAAAAUCCGUUCUUCCCAGAAAAUUUACCACCCUCGGCUGCACCAGAUUACCCCUUUUCAGAGUUUUUGCAAGGUGCAGGUGCUUCGAUUAACAUAAACAAGGAAAUUUGGGAAGUGUACUUUCAUGAGCUGAUUCCAAUGUUCAUUAAAUGUGGUGAUGAUGGCAACCAUGCACAAAGUGUUUUAGCCGAUCUUACGUUGUUGCAGGCCAUCUCGAGAAGGAUUCACUAUGGAAAAUUUGUUGCUGAGGUCAAAUUUAGAGAAUCUCCUAAAAUCUACGAGCCUUUAAUUCGUGCCAAGGACAGCGAAGGAUUGAUGGAUGAAUUGAGUUCUGAGAGUGUUGAAGAGAGGGUGGUGAAGAGGGUUGAAAGGAAGGCCACGGUAUUUGGGCAGGAAGUGAGCCUUGAAUAUGAUGUCUCGGGAGAUACAUACAUGAUUAAUUCAGUGGCUUCUAAGUUGUACAAGAAAUAUUUAAUUCCACUCACAAAAAAAGUUCAAGUCGAAUACUUACUAAAACGCCUCGAUUGAAGCCAUCACAACACCAUCAAAUUAAUAAAUUAAUGUCAUCUUAUUAUUGUUAAUUUAAAUUUAUUAGUUUCUUAUUUG